AUGAAGUCAUUUGGCGCACAAGUUCUCUGGUGCGUAUUGCCCACCUUCCUACUUUGCCUCGUCUAUCAACUGGCGCUUACCCAGGCAUAUCUGCGCAGCGUACGCAUCGAGGAGAUACCAUUUGACCUGGCAGAGAGUGCUGAGGAAGCACGUCUAAAGGAAGGUCGCUUAUUCGGACCGAGUUUGAAGUUGGAAGAGCGAAAAGGUAUACUAGCGACUUCUGGUCUUGAACAGCGACGCGGCUUCUUUCAUAUCUUCAAUAUACCGUAUAUAGUGUGUUUCUUUGCGGCCAAAGGCAAGUGGCCGUUCAUACCAACCUUCAUGCAAGGGCGUGUCGAUGAGACUGCAAGGACAUUUUUCAAAAAAAACGAUAGCGCCAUCAAGCAGUUCUGCCAAAAGUGGAUACAAAUAAAGCAAUGUUUCAGACCAUUAUUUGCCACGACCAGCCCGAACGAUGUUGAGCAACUGGAUCCACUACGCUCCACACCUUGUACAUGCGCCAACGAACCGAUUGUUUACUUCGAUAAAGACCAUAUUGGUAAUGUUGGCCGCGAUACGAUUUUGAAUACUAUUGAGUUUCUAGAAAGUUUUCUGGUACCACCAGUAUCCCCCACGAAGAAGUCGAAGAAGAAAAAUCGCGUACGCAGUCGAGUAGAUGAAAUGGAUAUUGAAUAA